AUAAACACUUCGGAAGAUGCAAUCGAUAAAGCACUUUCAGAAGCUAUUUUACUGAAAGAAAAGAUUCCGGGGAUUGUGAAAGUAUCGGCUGGUAAAAAUUUUACGGAUCGAGCAAAAGGAUAUGAGUAUGCUCUAGUCGUAGAGUUAUCCUCAAAAGAGGAUCUUCGAAUUUACUUGGAUCAUGAGAAUCACGUUGAAUUUAAGUCAAAUUAUUUGACGCCAAUUAUUCAAGAUGUUUUGGCUUUUGAUUUUGAAAAUUAG